AUGGAGCACUUGGUCUGCAUGAUGUCGCGAGAUAAUUUAUCUGACGAGAUGUCGAUGGUGAUUAUAAUUCGUCAUUUAUAAAUAGACUCAACACCGAAGAUUUCAUUAUUGGUUUUAACUGGCGCGACAAAUUCUAUUAACAAGUGAGCCUCGAACCGCUGUCGUGGACCGAAACGUUUCGUUUUGUUAGAAACUCAGAAUCACGAACGAGCGAGUCUUUUCAGCUUUGCAUCAUAAUGGAGGCAGGCCGCGUGAAAAGAAACGAAUAAAGCCAAAGGAAUUGGUUAUAGCAGAUUGUGAUCUGCGCGUUUGCUCGUUUAGAAAACUUCAUUAUUCCUGGUACAGCAGAUUCUGGUUAAUUGCGACCUCGAAGCUUCUUGCAAAAUGGGAAACCAAUAUCGUGCCCGAUGUUAUUCGACCAUUGGCCAACAAUCAACUACGUUUCUUCUAUGUGCAAUGUGUGUUUAUCGUUUCUCGAUAUUUCGAUGUCACGACGAGGAAUAUUUUUAACGAAGGAGGUUGGAGAAGAACACGUGUUAAGAUGGAAAGGGCAAUUUCACGUAAUCGACCAACAACGAUUGUAUUUUCAAAUUGAAAAACGUGUGACGUUUUCACUUACAUCACAAGUCUACCUUUUACCAGAACUUCACGUUAUACCUUUUAUAAUCGGUGGAUUUGGAAAUUUUUUAGUUCCAUUGAUACUAGGAUCACCAGAUGUAGCAUUCCCACGAACAAAUAAUAUUAGAUUAUUUCGAUUAUUACCUCCUUUCUCUUCAAAUUACGAUCAAAUUAAUUUAUUUCCACGAUCAGUUUCAAUUACUGUUAUCUUAUUAAUUUUAUCAUUAUCUGCAUUAGCUGGAGCUAUUACUAUAUUACUAUUUGAUCGAAAUUUUAAUACAUCAUUUUUUCGAUCUAAACUACGCGCUCGACAAAUUUUCGAGAUCCAGAAGAUCGUUUUCUCGCGAGUACGCGGGACGAUUCUCCAUUGGUUCCUCGGGACGCGCAGCGCGGCUCGAUUAUUUCGUUCGCGAGAUUAAAGCGUCCACGAUCAAACACCAACUCGUUUAAUGCGGCCGCGAGAUCUUGCAAGCCACUUUCCGCGAGUUGUCGACGUUGCAGUUCGUCGAGCUCGUGCCUCAAAGGGUUCACGCCGCCCCUUAUUGCAAAUUCUACUACCAAAUUUCAUCCCACGGUUCUCCUUUGGCCCCGGCUUCCGUGCUUUUUUGCAGCGAGAGAUGGUGAACCGUUUUCCACUUAAUUCUUUUUAUUAACAGAACAACAAUCGACGCGAUGCCGCGCUUGGUUGUUCUUUGACACCGUCGUUGCAAAUGAAUUAAUCCCCUGUAUCUUCUUCUUUUCUUUUUUCGAAAGGAAACACUCGGACGAAGCAAGGCUGUUCUCUUUUCGUGGGAGUUGCUUUCCCCACGCGUUUCUUAUCCCCCUUUGUUCUUUAAUUCGCGUCGCGUCCACGGAAUAUAAACGUUCGCGAAAGGUUCGUCGUCGUGCUCGUGUCACCAAGUCGUGUCGGGCUGCUCGCAAUAGGAUUUCCCGCGGGAAGUUUUCUCUCUAUGCAAUAAUAUUUCUCUUGGUUUUUCUCUUUUCGUUUCUUCUUUUUUUCUUCUUUGCCGCGCGUGGAAAUUUUCCACCGGACGCUCUGCGUACACACAGUUUCUAUUGUGAGUGAAAAUUUCACGUUAUACCGUAUCCAGGUUAAAAGGUGUCGCGCGUUUUAGUGUGGACAUCGCCGUAUAUAUAGGUCGAAGAUUAGUUUCUCUUCCUAAAUGAACUCUUUUUUGCGCGAAACUUUUCUGCUAUUUGACAGUAAAAUUGAGAAGAAAAAUGAGAGAGAGAGAGAGAGAGAGAUAUCCCAGCUAUUAAGAAUUAAAUUAUAAGCGAGAUACUUGCAAAUUUGUACUCAUUGUCGAACAAAUUUCGGAUCUAUAAACAGCUGUUAAGCGACUCGGAGAGCAAGGAGAAAGGAUAUUAAAUUGCGUGUUCUCUUGGUCCAAGUCCAUUCGACGUUCUUCGUUUCCUUUUAAAAUUAGUUACUUCCUCUUAUGAAUAGUGUAUAUUUUUUAUUCUUAUAUUAUUACUAUUUUAUAAUAUAUUUAUUAUUAUAUUAUUUAUUCGUACAGCUUCUCUUGGGAAGAUACACAGGAUCUGUCGAAGCUUCGACUAACGUUCGACUUUUUUAAAAACUGUAGUACAGAAACUAAUUAUUCAUUCAAGUUUAUUUAAAGAUAGCAUCUUCCUCCAAAUUUGCUUCACUACGUGGUGUCAGCUAAGAAAUAACUAUAAUAUAAUUUCGUUUAAUUGAGUACAUUGAGUAUGAUGGUAAAUUAUUCCUUACAGAUCUCGAAUAAAGAUGCAACCUUUAUUGCAUCUGGUAACCUCUAA